AUGAAGAUACAAUCAUGGAAUACUAGAGGGAUUGGCAGACCUGAAAAAAGGAGAAAGAUCAAGAAAGGUGUUGUUGAAAGGAAAGUGGAUAUUAUCUUACUCCAAGAGACUAAAAAGUCUAAGAUAAGCAUAAGUCUCAUAAGAUCCAUGUGGCCCGGUGAUCGAUUUGAAUUUUUGGCAGUCGAUGCUGUUGGGCGAGCUGGGGGUCUAUUGUGCAUUUGGAAUCCGGCCGUCUUCCAACUUAUGGACUCCUGCUGUAAUCAUAGUUUCCUGCUACUUUCAGGUACAUUAUUUUCUAGUUUCCCUUGUGUAAUUGUUAAUGUAUAUGCUCCUAAUGAUGUGGUAAAAAGGCAAGAGCUCUGGGCUAGUUUAGUGAACCUCAAACCCAACUUCCCAGGGCCUUGGUGUUUGGGAGGGGAUUUCAAUGAAAUUAGGAAUUUAUCUGAGAGGGUUGGAUGCUCCAAUAGAGAUAGAGGUAUGAGGGAUUUCAACACCAUGAUAGAGCAAAUGGAUCUAUUGGACAUACGGUGGUGA